CCCGGUCAACUCGCUUUAUAAGUCUUCACUAUCUCGCCGCAGUCCUCGUGCCUCAAUCCCUUAGCCGCUCACCCCUCCUUAAUUGCUGGCAUUACACGUCCAUUGCUGCCUACAUAUUCAAACUGUCGUACCCCGGUGGAUCGCGAUCAACUUGAGAAUCUAAGCCGUAUCCCCGUUGCGAGCUACACUCUUCCCGCAGUCCGCGUGUUAUAUUAUAUCCCCGAUACCCCGCCAGCCCAACAUGGAGACCAUCACGAACGCCGCAAAUGCAGCAGUGACCACAGCCAGCAAAAUGGUUUUUGGAGAAGCAAACCCAACAACAUCCUCCACUGAUGACUACACGACCAAGAGCGUAGCUGCCAAAGAUACCGGCGCCGCAGAACCCACCAAGGACACCUCCGCCGAUAUACCAGCCGUUAAAGAGACCGAAGAGACCCCCAAGGAAGAUACCGAGGAGAAGACUGAUAGCAAGCCCAAAGAAGGCAGCAAGCAACACCCUGAAGCUGACCCCACUGGCAUCCUCGCUCACAAGUCGAACGCCCCGGAAACUCAUUUCCAUGCAGACAAGCCAGACGCUGGAGACGAUAGAAAGGAAGCCAACCCAACGGUCGAGCCGCCAGCGAAGACUAUUGCGCAGAAGGAGCCUGGCUCAGGGGUAACUGAGCCAUUAAACAAGGAGCCGUUGGAUACCAGUAAGGAUGCCAAGAAAGAGACUGCAACAUCACCGUCCCCGUCUGGCAAGGAGAAGGUUAGCAAGCUGGCCAAGCUCAAGGAGAAGCUGCAUAUUGGGAGCAAGAAGGAGUAACUGGGUGGUCUUGACCUAUGCGCGGCUAUUGUUUACCUAUACUUUGGCAUUGUUUACUUGAUGUCCUGCAUGCGGGG